GUGUGUGUUUGAGCUUCAGACUGCUGGUUCUAUCAGUGUGUAUUGAGCUGCGGUUCGGUCUCUCUCUCUCUCUCUCUCUCUCUCUAGAGAUUAUAUUUAAUGUUUUAUUCACUAAUCGGUGUGUGAGAUGACCUCAGUGUGAGCGCGCGCUGUGUACCGGACUGCGGCGGAAACACGGGGACUUUACCGUCAUCUCUUUAUUCUGCUUUUAGGUUUCAGUCAUUGUGGGGGAAAAAGGGAUUUUAACUAAAUUAAUUAACAUUUGAUGUUUUUUUUUAAUCAUCUAAAUAACGAAGACGGAGUGUUUGUUCUGGACCAGCAGCACGGAUCAGGAAGUGUCUUUAGAACGAGGAGAGAAACUUGUCCGAAUCUUAACUUUUCGUUUCUGAGGUAAAAAAAAAAAAAAUGCUAAGCUAAUCCGUAUUUAGCGAUUUCGCGUCAGUUAGCUUAGCAUGCUAGCAGCCCCGCUGAGGGCACGCGCGCGGACUCGGCUGCUCGGUCUCAGCGCCAUGCUGCUCACCUGAGGCGAGGGGACACACACACACACCCUGAGAGGACACACACACACACCGAGGAGGGACGAGAUAAAGGUGUGUGUGCUGCUGAUUUCUUCCCCUGUGUUGGAUGUCCCUUCAUGUGCUGAGUGAGAUCCUGAGACGUGGCUCAUACAUGAGAAGUGCCUGAGGUGUUGAGGAGAGUGUGUGUGUGUGUGUGUGUGUGUGUGUGAGGAUGAGCUCGAAGCGCAGCCUGUUGGUGCGGUUGGUGCCGUGCCGGUGUCUGCGCGGGGAGGAGGAGACAGUCACGUCUCUGGACUACAGCCACUGCAGCCUGGAGCAGGUUCCUAAGGAGAUCUUCAGCUUUGAGAAGACCCUGGAGGAGCUCUACCUGGACGCCAACCAGAUCGAGGAGCUGCCCAAGCAACUGUUUAACUGCCAGCUGCUGCACCGCCUGAGUCUCCCUGACAACGACCUGAGCGUCCUGCCUCCCGCCAUCGCCAACCUCGUCAACCUCCGAGAGCUCGACGUCAGCAAGAACAGUAUACAAGAGUUUCCUGAAAACAUUAAGAACUGUAAAGUCCUGGCCGUAGUUGAAGCGAGUGUGAACCCCAUUUCUAAGCUCCCAGACGGUUUCACACAGCUGCUCAGUCUAACUCAGCUCUACCUGAAUGAUGCUUUCCUCGAGUUCCUUCCAGCAAGCUUCGGCAGGCUGACUAAACUACAGAUUCUGGAGCUGAGAGAGAAUCAGUUAAAGAUGCUGCCCAAGAGCAUGCACAAGCUGAUGCAGUUGGAUCGGUUGGACCUUGGGAGUAACGAGUUCACCGAAGUACCCGAGGUGUUGGAGCAGCUAACCGGCAUUAAGGAGCUGUGGAUGGACGGGAACAAGCUGACAGUGUUACCCCCGAUGAUCGGGACGCUUAAGCAGCUCAAAUAUCUGGACGUGUCUAAGAACAACCUGGAGCUGGUGGACGAUCAGAUCAGUGGCUGUGAGAACCUGCAGGACCUGCUGCUGUCCAACAACGCCCUCACACAGCUGCCCAGCUCUAUAGGCUCCUUGAAGAAGCUAACAGCUCUGAAGGUGGAGGACAAUCAGCUUGUGUGUUUGCCAGAGUCGAUAGGCUGCCUCACAGCUCUAGAGGAGUUGGACUGCAGCUUAAACGAGAUUGAGUCUCUUCCUGCCACUUUGGGAAAGUGUGUGAACCUGCGCACCUUCGCCGCCGACCACAACCUCCUCACACACCUGCCCCCUGAGAUUGGUUGCUGGAAGAAUGUCACUGUGCUGUUCCUGCACUCCAAUAAGCUGGAGUCUCUGCCUGAGGAGAUGGGAGACAUGCAGAAGCUUAAGGUCAUCAAUCUUAGUGACAACAAGUUGAAGAAUCUUCCCUACACCUUCACCAAACUGAACCAGAUCACCGCCAUGUGGCUGUCUGAGAACCAGUCCAAACCCCUGAUCCCGCUGCAGAAGGAGGAGGAACCCGACACUCUCAGAACCGUCCUCACCAACUACAUGUUCCCUCAGCAGAGCCGGCCCGAGGAGUACGCUCAGAACUCAGACGGUGAGAGCUUUAACCCGACUCUGUGGGAGGAGCAGCGCAAACAGCGAGCACAAGUGGCCUUCGAGUGUGACGAGGACAAGGACGAGCGAGAGGCUCCUCCACGGGAAGGGAACCUGCGGCGGUACCCAACACCGUACCCUGACGAGCUGAAGAACAUGGUGAAGACGGCGCAGUCUGUCGCUCACCGCCUCAAAGAGGACGAGUCCGGAGAUGAGACGGCCGGGGAGAGGAACCACAUCGGCGUGCAGAGUGUAGGAGUGAAGGUGAUCGAAACCCCCUGCAGCAACGGCCAAGCACACGAGCCUGAAUCCAAAGCUCCGGUCCAGAAUUCUACCCCACCCGAGCCGAGAGACGUCCCGGAUAUCUGUGACACGCAGAGGAUCCCAUUGAAGAGCUCAGAGAGCACCGGACCCACCCUCAACCACGAGGACACACUCGAGGGAUCAGAGGAGCUCUCGUCUGAUGAAGAGGAGAUGAAGAUAGCUGAGAUGAGACCUCCUCUUAUUGAGAUCUCCAUCAACCAGCCCAAAGUGGUGGCUCUCAGCAAGGACAAGAAGGAUGACAGUAAAGAUGUCGACUCAUUGCUGGAUGAAACGGUCGCCAACAGCAACCAGAACAACAGUAACUGUUCCUCACCGUCCCGCAUGUCCGACUCCGUGUCUUUAACCACAGACAGCAGCCAGGACAACUCGCUGUGUACUCCAGAGAGAGAGACCAAGAUCCCCCUCAUCCCCAAAAACAGACACGCGGAUGAGAACCUGAACCCUCUGAAGGAGUCGGUUCCCCUGCUUCAGAACUGUAACGGCUCCGAGACCUCGCUGCAGGCCGUGCUGAAGAACCAGCGCCCGUACGAGAGCAAAACUGGCACCAACAUGCCCGACUACGAGCUGUCCAUGGAGGAGAGGCUGGCGCUCAUCGAGAAGGACAUCCACAACAGCGUGUCCGAGUCCUACACCAAAUGGGAUCAGAUCAACAUGAACGUCUCUUAUGAGAACUCGGAGAAGACCAAGAGCACCUCCACGAUGGAGACGAGGUUCAGCAACAACAACGGCAGCUCCACGGAGAACCUCAGCAACGGGAACCAGAACAGUAAAGCACAGCCGGGGGAGGGUAUGAUGAGACACGAGGUCGUCCGGACGGUCGUGGCAUCUGCCGACGUGUCUCUGUCUCGCAGCACCGAGGAACUGACCCCGGAGAAGAGAUGUCCUCCAGCUACUGUAAUGAAAUCUCAGAGCAUCAGCAACAUGGAGGCCGGCGGAAUGAAGCUUUACUCGAUGGAAUGUGAGGUUCCUCAGUACGAGUGUGUAUUGGGUUCUCCGGCUGUCCCGGGCCCUCAGUGCCAGAGCAUCGUCCGGUCCAAAUCUGCUUCGCUCCUUGAUGACCAGCCGCUGCAGGUCCAUCCUGGUUCCUCAGGUUCCUCCUCUGACCUUCUGAGCUCCAGCUCUAGAGUUCCGGGUCGCUACCCCGUCGCCCCCCCGCCUCAGUAUAACAUCCAGUACGCGAGCAGCUCCAUGCCCAAAGACAACCUCUGGUGCCAGCGUACCCCUGUGCCCCCCGAUCAGCCCUACCUCCCUCCUCAACACUCCUUUGCCAACACCAAUUACUCCAACCGCAAUAACGCGCCACCCUACCCCCAGCAGCGCGGCCACGACAUGUGGGCAAAGGAUCGCAUGCUGCCCCCUGGUGUACAGAGGAACCCUCUCCAGAGGCAGAGCAGCACCUCCUCCAACGCCUCCAUGGUCAUGGGAGAACCUCGCCGCUGCCCCGGCCCCGACGGAGACUACGUGGGCUACAGGGAGAGCCACAGCAUGCCCCGAGCCCCUCCACAGAUGAACCUCCAGAGACCCCUGUCCGCCCGCACCUACAGCAUGGAUGAGGCGAACGCGCCGCGCCCGCACAGCACCCGCCCUCCACCGCACGAGCUCCCGGAGAGGACCAUGUCCGUCUGCGACUUCACCUACCAGCACGCCAGCCCGAGCAAGAGGCCCAACGUCCGCGUGAAGUCGGAGCACUCGCUGCUGGACGGAGCUCCGGGUGGAGGCGGCAGGGUCCCGGCCGACUGGAGAGACCAGGUCAUGAGGCACAUCGAGGCCAAGAAGAUGGAGAAGAUGACCAUGCUGUCUCGGUCUUUGGCCACGCUCUGUGGCAGUCAGAGCUCUCUGGCCCUGAGCGCUGUAGACGGAUGGCAGUUUGGAGGCCACAGGCCCAGCGACGAGAGUUUCGGGCCGUAUGGACAGCAGGGCUACACCAUCGACUCCCACAGAAAAGUGCCUUUGAUGAACGGUCAGAUGUGCGCUCCUCCCCCUGCUCCUCUCCGCUCUCAGAUGAGCUGUGCUCAGGUUCCGAUGGCACGUCAUCCCUCCAGAGAGCAGCUCAUCGACUACUUGAUGCUGAAGGUGUCCCAGCAGCCCCCCGGCCCCCCCGGGCCUCCACGUCACCCCCAUGACACCCUGCCGCACGAGAUGCAUGUGAAGAUCGAAAAGAAUCCCGAGCUGGGCUUCAGUAUAUCAGGAGGAGUCGGAGGACGCGGGAAUCCGUUCCGUCCGGACGAUAACGGGAUAUUUGUGACGAGAGUUCAGCCUGAGGGACCCGCUUUUAAAAUCCUUCAACCAGGAGACAAGAUCAUCCAGGCAAACGGCUACAACUUCGUUAACAUCGAUCACGGGAACGCCGUGUCCCUCCUGAAGAACUUCCCCAGCACAGUGGACCUGAUCAUCAUCAGAGACAUGGCGGCGUAGAGACGCCACAGAACCCGAGGCGUCUGAAUGUCCGCUUUUAUUUUUGUACACGAAGGAUAAGAGGAGGAGGAGUCAUGUACAGCCCAAUUGUUUUUAAUCAAAAGAUGCGAGAGCUGAAAUAAAAUGGGGCGAAACCACUGCGGCGUCUCUGUGGGCGGAGUCUCUGCAACAGCCAUCACUGUGGAAGAAACAACACGCACGAAUAAACUGUGCUUUUUGUACAAUUUUUUUCUAAUCAUUCAUUAUAGAGUGCAGCGCUGACCAGCAGGGGGCAGGGCUCUCUGUGUGCUGAAGACAUCAGCAUGCCUUUAUUUUUAUUGUCAGUCUUAUUUUUAAAUCACAUUUUACUUCCUUUAUUUUUUUUAAUUUAAGAACGUUCUCUGAACUGUGGAGAUCUGGAGGUCACGUGCCGAGAGCGGAACCUGAAUGUAGAACUGGUGCGUUUUACCGAAAGUCCAACCGCGUCCACGACGGAGCGUUCCGCCACGUCUCCAAGUCGAGCGCGACUGUAAAGAGCCUCCUCCUGAAGUGUGUGUGUGUGUGUGUGUGUGAGACGUGGUGAGAGGAACCGAGGAGAUGUUACGGGGAUAAAGGGGUGCUGUGAAGCACACGGAUGUGUGUGAUGCAGUGCAUGCUGGGAAAAAUCUGAUGUCACAUAAUCUAUGGAUCUCGCACCCUAAUGGCUUCCUAUGGAGAUGAGGGGUUUUCCUCAUCUCAAGUCUGACCACACCCACCACAUUGAUGUUACUUCACACUGAACUCAACUCAUUGAUCUUUAACCUCUUUACAUUUUCCAGCGUUGAAUCAGUCGCUUGUGCUUGGGGACGCAGGUCACAGACGGGCAAACGAGAUGGACGUCUGAACUGCUAUGUUAUGGUGAAAGGUCAUGACCUUUUGACCCUGAGUGACACUCACUGAUCCACGCAGUCUAGAAAGCAAUAGCAAGACUUCACUUUCAGAAAGCAGUUUUGCCUGAGUGCAUUUAAAACACAUACACACACACACACACACACACACAAGGACCUCUUUUAGUACUGCAUUUUUUGUGAUAGCAUUUUAUACAGUAAAUCUUUUAGACAACAUAGGAAACAGCAUUUUUGAAUAUUUUGCAGAGCUGUUGUCGAGUCUGUGUGAGGUUUAGUCCUGGACUGAUGCCCGAUCUCGAUGUAUAGAGAAAGCCCAAGACCCAGAGUGGUUCCAUGGACGUGGUCGGUGCCGAGAGGCUUAACUGGACGUUAUGUCUUGUUUUUUUUCCUGCACAGCUGUUGUAUAUACACAAACCGUGGAUGUUGUACUGUGUGAGAUUCCUGCAUGAAAUCACUCCCUGGCUGAGUUUUAUUCUGGAUGUGAAUCUUCGUGGUCCUGAAGAUCUACACGAACAAAUUUAAGGCCAAAUUCACUUCAUCAGCGUGUGGAUUAAAGUACGGCGUUAAACACUGAGUCCUGUAACUGUAGUAACGCCGAUCAAUCAGUUUAGCGUUCUGAUUUUAACCUAGCCUCGCGGUGAACCGGGAAGUGCGCAUCACUGCAGCAGUACAUCAGUAGAAACACGGGGUCCGUGCCGGUGGUCCGUGCCGGUGGUCCGUCCUCCUCCCUCCAGCCUGAUCGUUCUGUUCUUUUUUUCAUUAUAAUUAUUAUAAGCACUGUGGCUUUAUCAUGAAUGAAUUAAACCCAGACCCUGUGACUGUCACAUGUUUUAUCAUCAACAAUGAAAUCUGACAAAAAUAAUCACGAGAUCAAAUUAAAAUCUGAUUAUUUUUGCCACAUAAGAGCAACUGGUCUUUUUGGACCCACCUGCGUUCUUCUAUUUAUUUAGCGCUUUAUACAUUUUUUUUCUUUCACUUUUAUUGAUUACUAAUGAAACUGUAAAUAACUCUGAGUUUACUCACAGCAUUACUGACCUUUUAGUUUAUAAAGACCAGCAAUAAACUCCAUCACAGCAGCGGAUUUUAAAUGGAUAGCGAUUUUAAGGCUUUGUAGCUGAAGCAGCCGAGUGAACACCAUCGCUAUGCAUUUAUUCUACAUUCCAGAUUUUGUACAUAAUUUUAGGUUUCAUGGUAUCCUGUGGAAAAAAAAAAUAAACAAAUGGUCUUUUAGAAA